AUGAAGACAUCUCCAGCUUGGUUUGUCAUCGCCAUCUGCCUGAUCCGCCAGCAGAGGAUUGUGGACGCACAGUUCCUGAACCCGCUGUGCGGGGUUACCUAUGAAUCCCAAACGGCCAUGAGGGUCGUGAACGGAAAGGAAGCUGUGAUUAGAUCUGCACCGUUCAUGGUCUAUGUGACCAACAAUUCAUUAACGCAUUGUGGAGGAUCGAUCCUAAACUCAAGAUACAUACUUACUGCCGCCCACUGUGUUUUUCCCAAUCUAAGAUUGCGACUGGGCGAACACAAUAUAAGAACGGAUCCCGACUGCCAGGGAUCGAAUUGCUCUCCCCGUUCUGAGGAGUAUGGCAUCAUGAAGGCAAUAACCCAUCGAUUUUAUAACGCUGCCAACCACGUCAACGACAUAGCGCUGCUGAAAUUGAACAGGAGUAUUAAUUUCAAUGUUCAUAUCCAGCCCAUUUGCAUACUCCUAAAUCCCGCUAGUGCGCCCAGUGUGGCUACAUAUCAGACCUUCGGCUGGGGAGAGACCAAAAAAAAUGGGUUUCCCCAUUUGCUGCAGACCGCGGAACUUAGGGCAUACGACGCCGCAUACUGCAGCCGGAGUUUUCAUGCGUAUAUGAACGGAAACCAGAUUUGCGCCGGCCAUGAAGAACGGGAUACCUGUGCCGGCGACUCCGGCGGACCUCUGGUGACCAGGGUCGAUUUCGAUGGAGUUAAACGCUACCUGCAGCUGGGCAUCGUGAGCUAUGGUCCAACGGAUUGUCAAAGCCCCGGAGUUUAUACAUAUGUGCCAAAUUACAUUAAUUGGAUUAGAAGGGCAAUGCUAAUUAAUUGA